ACCAACGGGGGCGGAAAUGUCCAACUUGCGACUAAAGUUAGCUUCUUUUAGCAUUUCUUCCUAACCUGUGUAGCAUCGAAUCGACCGACCACAUGAGGACAACAGCUUGAUUUAUUGUCUGUGUUACUUUUUGUUAAGCCACACGUGGAUACGGUGUCAUUCCAGCUGGUUUUUCCAGCUGUAAACGCUGCGCUUCAGCUGCUACCUGGUUAGCCUGCCAUGCUAACUGGCUGUGAGGAUCCUCAACAACAAAAACAACAAAAACACUCCUGCUGGGAUCACUGAGAGCUUUCUGAGAGCUUAAAACGGCCAGGAGAGGACAAACAAGAAGGAGCAGUGCAGCAUGGAUAUUCAGUAUGAGGACCCCGCAUUAUCAGGGAGCUACAGCGGCGAGGGGUCGUUUCCCAAAAGUUUUGUGUACGGAGUGGAGGGGAUGGAGGGGAGCUCCUCAUCAGCUGACAGACCCAGGAUCCUGCUGAUGGGACUCAGACGGAGUGGAAAGUCCUCCAUCCAGAAGGUUGUUUUCCACAAGAUGUCCCCCAACGAGACGUUAUUCCUCGAGAGCACCAACAAAAUCUACAAGGACGACAUCUCCGCCAGCUCCUUUGUCAACUUCCAGAUCUGGGACUUCCCUGGCCAGGUGGACUUCUUCGACCCCACAUUCGACAGCGAGAUGAUCUUCAAGGGAACUGGAGCUUUGAUCUUCGUCAUCGACGCUCAGGACGACUACAUGGAGGCUCUUGGUCGGCUGCACCUGACGGUCAGCAGAGCCUACAAGGUGAACCCAGACAUCAACUUUGAGGUGUUCAUCCAUAAAGUGGACGGUCUGUCGGACGACCACAAGAUAGAAACCCAGAGAGACGUCCACCAGAGGGCCAACGAUGACCUGGCUGAUGCCAGUCUGGAGAAGGUUCAUCUCAGCUUCUACCUGACCAGUAUCUACGAUCACUCCAUAUUCGAGGCCUUCAGUAAAGUCGUCCAGAAGCUCAUCCCUCAGCUGCCGACUCUGGAGAACCUUCUAAACAUUUUCAUAUCUCACUCCGGGAUAGAGAAGGCCUUCCUGUUCGACGUGGUCAGUAAGAUCUACAUCGCCACCGACAGCUCUCCCGUCGACAUGCAGUCCUACGAGCUCUGCUGCGACAUGAUCGACGUGGUCAUCGACGUCUCCUGCAUUUACGGGCUGAUGGACGAUGGCAGCGGCUGCGCCUACGAUAGAGAGUCUUCAGCCAUCAUCAAACUCAACAACACCACGGUGCUUUAUCUGAAGGAGGUCACAAAGUUCCUCGCUCUGGUCUGCAUCCUCAGAGAGGAGAGCUUCGAGAGGAAAGGUUUGAUAGAGUACAACUUCCACUGUUUCCGUAAAGCCAUCCACGAGGUGUUUGAAGUCGGCGGCUCGACCGACGGCGCCGCCUGCAGGCCGGUGAGUUUAUCCAGCAGCAGAGAGACGGGAAGGAAGUACGGCGCUGUGAACGGCAGCGUUGUCUGAAGGUGAACUCUGACUCUGGUUUACCUGCAGCGACGUCACAAUAAAAGCAGCAGCAGAUCUAACAAACAUCACCUGAAUCUCAUCCGGCUGCUUCUGUCGGUGUCAAACAUACUGAAGCGAACGCAUCAUGGAUGUUUUUCUCUCUGCACCUUUACUGACACGAACAGAAACUGUGUCGGACAUGUUUACUAGUGGCCAGUUACCUCCUGGAACGUCCACAUGUUGUUGAAGCGAGCAUCUCCAACAACAACUGUAGUGUUUCUGCUCAUCUUCCGGUGAAAUAUGAGGUUUGAUCAGAAGGUUUGAGGCUGAGCAACAUGAGGCAGCGCUGGUCUGACUGACUGAAUGCUGCAGUUGAUGCUCCUUUCAGGGGUUUUCUCCUUUUCUUUCUCUUUCUGUGUGCUGAGAACUUCUUAGCUUCAGGAAACGACAACAACAGCUGUUCUACAGAGGAUUUAGACCAUGCAGCUGAGCAGUUUUUUCCAUUAAAGCCUUCAAACUGUCACUGUUUAGAGGAAACACUUCGCUUAGCUCUGCCCACAACGACUUGAUUGGUUCAAAGAAAUAUAAACAGUAUAUGACAGAACGAUGAUGAAGUGAAGUCACGUUGAACUGUGAUAUUUGUAAAAAUAAUAAGUGAAGCACCAUCUAGGAAGAACGCUGAAUCUCAUAAACUGUCCAAAUGGAGAGUUUUCAUCUUUCAUUUCAUUUUAGGGAAGAGAAUGAAGUCACAGGGAGUCUAAUCUGGUGACUUGGGUCGAUGGAAGCGACAAUUUUUUGACAUUGUGGCCAAAAAACUUGUGUGAAAUCAUGUUUUAUGGAGACAUUACAGCAAAACUCUGCUUUAAAAGUCUGAUUCUGGGGGAUUAAUUCAGAAAGACGUCACAGGGAGGCUAAUCUGGCGAGUAGAGUGGGUGGAAAGGAUGAAUUUUUAAUAUUGUGACCAAAAAACUUGUGGAAAAUCGCGAUUCUGUGACCAAGAACACAGCAGAUGAGACAUAUCAGGACGUUACAGCAAAACUCUGCUCUGAAAGUCCAAUUCUUGGGGAUGAAUUGUUCCUCCUCGACUACAUGAGUGCCGUAGAAAACAGCGAAUUUGCUGCUUCUUGUCCAGUUUUGGAAGCUGCAGUUUGUUCUCCUGAUGGUAGCUGCAGACCCUCCUCUGGUCACCAUCAUCAUCCUCCACACACGGCCCAAAUGACGACUCUUCAAGUUGAAUUUCACUUUAGGGAAGAGAAAAAAGUCACAGGGACACAAAUCUGGUGAGUAGAGUGGAUGGAAGGGAUGAUUUCUUGUCGUGGCCAAAAAACUUGUGUGAAAUCAUGUUUUAUUGAGACGUUACAGUAAAACUCUGCUUUGAAAAUCCGAUUCUGCUGUUUGUUCUCCUGAUGGUAGCUGCAGAUCCUCCUCUGGUCGCCAUCUUCAUCCUCCAGCUGACUGAUGUUUUCCUUGCUCCAGUUUAAAUUCCAUGCAGAAAUCUCACAUGUCCACCCAUCAGAAGUCACCAGAAGCUCCAGAUCUCAGCUCCUGAUGCAGUUUAAUGACGGUUCUGCUCCCCAUGAUGCUCUCAGUGGUUCAGAAACAGAAAGCCUCCAGUGUUUGAUGCUCUCUGGGUUCUGUUGAUGAGCAGACCGUCGGCCGGUUCUGUUCAGGAUCUUCUGGGACCAGAUCGCUGCCAGUUCCACCAUUAGAGAGAUAAAUAACGAGGCCUUUAGCUGCCAGACGACCACAUUUCCUCCAGAUUGUGUUUCUGCAGCGCAGAGUCGAGUGGAUAAUAAGCCUCCAGAACCGGGACGAUUUGUUUUUCUUAUCGUAAAUCUUUAAUAAAAUUAUGUUUCGUA